ACUUUCUUCGACUCGUGUUUUCGUCUCUCCGCUCGGACGCUUCUGAAAGAAUCUCCGUCGAAAUGACGUCGCGGUUCCUCUCUGCGGCCAUUUUGUGCGCGUUCUUCCUCGAUGCUUGCCCCGCGAAGCCCGCGGAAGUGCUCGCCGAUGGAUCCUCGCAGCUGAACCCGCUGGAGCAACAGCUGAUCAACGCCGUAGAAACUGACGCGAAGAGAGCACAACGAUCUCCGCAGUUCGGAUUCCCUGACGGCGGUUUCGGAUCUUAUCCGGAUUACGACGGCGACGGCCCCUUCGAUGACGGCGUCAGACGCCAUCGCCAUAAGCACAGGCCCGAGGGAUGCGGCGAGUUCGGCUGCGGUGGAGAAGGAUUUGGGCCACUGCCAGGUUAUUACCCUUCAGCCGGUGGCUCUUCGCAGGCCACAGCCCAGGCUUCUGCCGGGUCUAACGGAGGACCGUUCGGAGGAGGGUCCGAAGCUUCGGCGUCCGCAGGUUCCUCCGGGAGUGGCGGACCCUUUGGAGGCGAAGGAGGUAGCCAAGCAAACGCACAAAGCGCCAGUUUCAACGUCGGUCCGUUCUCCGCCUCGUUCAGCAUCGCUGAAUCCUCAUCGGGUGCUCAACAGUCGCAGAUUUACUGAGGCUUCUCCGGUCUCUCUCACCGGCUGAAGCACCUCCCGACUCUAAUUUAUUCGAGCACCGAUUCGCUACGAUCGUCGAUUCAUGGCAGCGGUUGGCCAUUGUUUACAAACAUUCUACGUCACUAGGUAUAAGCAAAUGAAGCAGCAGCAGCAGCAAAGGCGGCAGCAGCAGCAGCAGCUUGGCGUGAGAGGAGACGGAGGAAGAGGCCCUGGGCGCACGCACGCACCACCCUCCAUCUUUGAAGAUUUCCUGGGAGCGAGUUCCCUUUGUCCGCGCGGGCAACCACCAGAUGUUCUCGCAAAUAAAACCGACAAAAUAUCGCGACGCUGCAUCCCAGAUACGGGAGAAACGAGGACCGGCGUGCUUGGGCGGAGAAGGACCGAGGAGCCGAGCUGAGGGCCCGAGCUGAGAGCCCGAGGAUUAACAGCACAAAGGGAGGCCAGCGAGCAGAGGGCUCGCCAAAAAAAAGCGAACACCGAAAAUUCGGAUCCGAACCGAGAGAGCCGUGCAAUGACCGGCCGAUCUGCACACGCGAUCAUCCGCGCGGGCCCUGUAUCAUCCUGCUCGCGAUCCGAUUCCGCCUGCAACUUUCUCCUGCCGAGGUUUCGCGUAUAAAAUCACCUAAUAUGAUACGUGCCCGCAAUUUUGACCCCAUCUUGAAGCAGUGGCGUAGGCAAUACGAUAACAGAUAGAUGCAGCAGAUGAGUGUCGAUGUAAAAAUUUUGUUUAUAUAUCUUUGGACGUCGUUCUUUACAAAUUCGCUCACACACAAA